UCGUGUCGUGUCGUGUCGUGUCGGUGUUAGACACGGUGUCGGAUAUGACACGUUAUUUUCUUAGAAGUGUUCGUGCUUCUUAGGUCAUUGGUCAUUCAGGACUGGUAAUGAAAUCCCAUUUAGUGGCUUAAAUGCUUUGGAUGGUUCUGUUUAAGAAUGCUAUUACAAAUUUUUAGUGUUGCACUCAUUGGUUUUAUUUUAAUCUUUACACUUUCUUUCUGUAUUUAUGUUUGAACCACAAUCUUGUGACAAUUAUAGGGGAAAUUUUGGUAAAGUAAUAUUUCCUAUUGCUUCCUUUGCUGGUGGUGGAAUGUGACCAAAUCAUAAAACUAGUAUCUGCUGAAGCAUUUAUGUUACCCAAAAGACACAUAGGGAGGCUAGUUCAAUGCAUUAUUCUGUCAGGUUUCUGCAUAUGUGGAGUUUAAUAUUCAGUUGCCUGUUUCAUGCAUCUGCUGAUUAUUCUAAAGACACAAAUGUCAUAUGCUGGGUGCUACUUAGUGAGCCACUAGAAACUCAUUAGCACAAUGUUUGUAUUAUUAUAUGGGGUAUAUUAUUGAGAUUAACAUAUUUUUGCUAUCACGUUUGUUUCUUUCGGCUUGCCUAGAGUUUCUUACCAUUUCUUUUAGUGAGUGAUUUUGCAUCUCUACUAGGAAAAGGAAUUGUCCAUCAUCUCUGUUUGGAAUGGCCACGUGACACUCAUGGAAGUGGAAAAAAAUUAACGUGCUACAUAAAUGAAAUGAUCUUUGGUGGAAGGAGGGUUAUAAUUCCUUGUUUUGUGCCCCCUUUGUUGGUUGUGAAAUCAAUGUAAUAUUGUAGUUUUUUUUGCUACUUUGUGAAUUAAUUAAUUAAUUUUUAGAUAUUUGGCUUAAAAUAUAUUUUAUUUCAAAAUUUACAUGUAUAAUGUAUUAAAACAAACACAACUAUUUUUAUUGUAGCAUAAAGCGAGAGCAAUCUCAGGAAUGCUAGGGUAAGGACCUUGAUAACACCAUGAGAUCACAAGCAUUUGUCACUUAUGUGAAGUCCAAGGCAGCAAGUAAAGGCCCUUGCUCGAAAUCAUAGGUUACAGUGAAUGUUCUUUGCUUUAUCUGUAGCUUGAAACUACAGGGAAAUCUAUGGUUUAAUGAGUCUAAAACAGCACCCUCAAUAGUGUGCUUGAAAGUUUUACCUUAGCUCUCGUGACUGUGAAUUGGCUAGAUGAAUGGGCUGCAGCAGAUUGCUUUGGAUGGGUUUAUCAUCAUUUGAUAUGAAAUGCAGAUCUCCGUAAGGCAGUUGAUUACGGGGCUGUUUUCUAUUUCAACUUUUGCCUACUUGUUGGAGAUGACAAAUUACUACUGAUUCAUGCAUAAUCUUGUAGAUAGCUCUCGGUCGCAGAUGAGUUUCUCCUCUUAAAAACUGUAAAUCAGUUUAUUGUUUAUUUGUUUUUGUGGCAUUUUUGGAAUACUCCCUUGUACGGACAUAUACCUCAUUUCUUCAUUAUUUGAUGCAAUAUACGAAUCAGAUAAUUCAACUCCAAUGUUUUUCAGGUGUUCAGUAAACUUUUUUGCCUCCUGUGUCUAUUAAACAUGGAUGCAUAUUUUACUUUCCUGUUUAAAUCAUGAGAGACUAAGAAAAACUGUAAUAAUUUGUCGAACUUAUCAUGAACAUCAUUCAUUAUAGCUGAGUUGUAUGUUUACUGCCGUGUUUCUUGGUUGGGGAGUAAUAGUGAACACAGUUUUGGACUCGUUUCAAAAAUGUUGAAGAGAUUGAUCCCAACCUAUCGUUGAGCAUUCAAAUGUGCUAUUUGGGCGGCCAGUAAGAGGGUAGAUAUCAAGUGCAAGCUGUGUGGCUUGAAAUGUGUGUGAAUAAGCAACCUAAUUUAUGCCCAAUUAUUCAGUGAUCCAUACCCUUAACAGAAUAUCGGGUCAUGACUAAUGAGUGGCCUGUAAAUCCAAAUGCUGGAAUUAAUCUGCUUUAUAUAAAUAUUGGCUAAUCCAGAUAAUAAUUUUAUCACAACUAGCCUCGUUUGGGAACGGGCUUUUUUGUAACUUUUUGGUUAAAAUAUGAUGUAAAAAAAACUAAUAUGUUUAGGAUGACUUUUUAGUUUUUUACGAAAAAAUGUGCAAAAAGUAGAGAAAAAAGGGAAUAUUUGACUUUUGGUAUAGGUUGUUGAUUUUUUGAUUUUUUUUAGUAUUUUUUUAGCUUUUAGGCUAAAAAGUGAUGUUGCCAAACAAAGCGCGAUCUCUAUACGAGUAAAAGGGCUUUUUUGGAUGGGUUUUCUGCAAUGCUUGUAUAAAAGAAGAGUCGGUUGUUACUUGUCAUUCUGGAGUUUAUUAAAUUUCAAAAGUGCAUGUGCCUAAAUGAUGAGUGAGAGUUUGAAAUCAUGAUUGAAGUCACUGAUGGCAAGUACUUAGUAGAUCAUUCAUCAAAUGCAAAUGUAACUACGCUAACUAGUUACUGCAGUGUGCUGAUAGUGGGUUCAAUGCCGCCGCUGCUGCCAUCACCACCAGUGGCAGCUUCAUCUGCAUGUUCUUUGUUUUGUGCAAUUAUUGUAUGCCAAGUGCUUUAAGUUCAGAUAGAUGAGAAAGAUAUAAACCUCAUUCUUUUAAUUAUUAUCCUUUUUUUGUUUCUUCUUUUUUUCUCCCCUCUUUUUCACUAUCUUUGGGCGCAGGAUUAAUCAAGUAGUAUCUCUAUUUGGACUUGCUGUGACUGGAGGUUUUUGGGUCUUUGGUAUUCAAAAGUAAGGAUGAAUUACUCAACUGGGUACGUGAAGUUGGAAAGAGAAAUGGUUUGGUCAUUGUAAUGAAAACAUCAGACUAUGGUGGGGGAAAAAAAAGACCCACGAUGUAUCUUGCUUGUGAGAGGAGUGGCCAAUAUAGAGCAACAAAGAAGUUAAAACAUGAUGGCAACAAUACAUCAAGAAUAACCGGUACGAAGAAGUGUGGUUGUCCUUUUGAUAUGAGGGCUCACAGGUUUACCACACAUGAUGAAUGGACAUUGACCGUAGUAUGCGGAUUGCAUAAUCAUCCACCUGCGGAGCACCUUGAGGGACAUUUAUAUGCGGGGAGGCUAUCAAAGGAUGAGAAAGCAUUGUUAAUGGAUAUGUCAAAGAGCAUGGUUCGGCCAAAAGAAAUCCUAGUAACCUUGAAACAGCGAGAUGCCCUCAAUGUAAGCACACUUAAAACCAUUUACAAUGUACGCCAUCGAAACAGGGUGGUACAGAGAGCUGGAAGAUCACAGAUGCAACACUUAUUGGGUGAAUUGACCAAGUAUAAUUACAUUGAGCGCCAUCGGUCUGAAGAGUCCACGAUGACUGUGACAGACUUGUUUUGGGCACAUCCUACUAGUUUGGACUUAUUUCGGUCUUUCCCACGUAUAUUAAUUAUGGAUUGCACAUAUAAAACCAACAUAUAUCAGCUUCCUCUUCUUGAAAUUGUGGGAGUGACAUCAACUGAAAUGACAUUUUCUGUAGCUUUCGCAUACUUACAGUAUGAGAGGGUCGAUAACUAUGCGUGGGUGUUAGCUACAUUGCGUGAUGUCAUGGAUGGGUUUGUUGUGCCAACAAUUAUUGUUACUGACAGAGAGCUAGCCUUGAUGAAUGCCAUACAGAAGAUAUUCCCGAGUGCCAGACAUUUAUUAUGUCGUUGGCAUAUCAGUAAGAAUGUGUUGACCAAAUGCAAGAAAAUGUUUGAGACACAGCAGAAAUGGGAGAAGUUCAACCAUGAGUGGAACUCUGUAGUGUAUUCAUUUUCUGAAAUUCAAUACGAUGAGCAUCUUAAAUCAUUACUUAAGGAAUUUAGUAGUUAUCCUGAUGUAGUGAAAUACGUCAUGGAUACUUGGUUGGUUCCUUACAAGGACAAAUUUGUGGCGGCAUGGACAGACACGUGUAUGCAUUGUGGCAAUGUUACAACGAACCGGGUUGAGAGUGCACAUGCAAAACUUAAAAGACAAUUGGGUUUAUGUCAAGUCUCAUUUCAGGUAUCAUUUGAGAAAAUACACAGUCUGCUUGAGUUGCAACACACUGAUAUCAAUGCUUCAUUUGAGAAAAGUCUAACUGUUGUGCAGCAUCAAUUUAAACCUUCUCAAUUCAGGGAGCUACGGGGUAAUGUGUCUAUCUCUGCAUUGGAGUAUUUGCUUGUAGAAAGUAAGAGAGCCAAUUCCAUUGGUAUUGAUGUUGAAGCUUGUGGAUGCAUCCUUUGCCACACUUAUGAUUUACCUUGCGCCCAUGAGAUUGCUGACUACAUCAGACAAGAUCGUCCUAUACCACUUGCUACCAUACACUCAUAGUGGAGGCAACUUCAUAUCUCCAUAUGCAAGAAAGAAGAGGAAACAGAGGUGACUUGUCAUGCAGAAGUAGAGUUGUUUGUGAACAAGUUUAAUGAAAGUGAUAGAACCAUGCAGUUGGAGCUUUUGAAGAAGUUAAAAGAGAUUGUAUAUCCGGGAAGCACUUUUCUUGUUGAGCCGGAGGUGAAGCCCAAAACACGUCCUCGGGAUCAUAAGAAGAUCAAUGUUUUUACCCGUCGUGACCCAUGUGUAUUUGAGUUAGUGCAAUCUGGACAUGAUUCCUUCUCACCUAGGGACACUCAAAUCACUACAUUAGCUUCUACUCUGCAAACCAAGAAGGAGCGACCUGUUAAGGGAAAGGAGAAGGUGAAUCCGAAAGGGAAGGUAUACAUUUCUAGAACAGUGAAACCUGGUGCAUAUGUUGAUGCUUUCUCUGCUGGGUUGAAACCAUACAUUAAGUUUGUCUAGGAUGUAGCUGCAGAUGAGAAUUGUGGUUUCAGGGCUAUAGCUGCUUCAAUUGGUCAUACAAAAUAUGAUUGGGCUCAGGUUAGGCGUGAUCUAUUGGGUGAGCUGCACACACACAAAGAGGAAUACAUUACACUUUAUAGGUCCUAUGAAAGGUUUGAAGAAUUGACAAGCAUAUUGUCAUACUUUGAAGGCCGUCUUGGAUACUCACAUUGGAUGACUAUGCCAGACAUGGGGCAUCUUGUUGCAUCGUGCUACAAUCUUGUGUUAUACCACUUGUCAUUACAGCAAUGUCUCACCUUUUUACCUCUUAGAACAGUGCCAGUACCUCAACUUGAUAGACGUGAGAUUGCCAUUGGGUUUGUCAAGGGAAAUCAUUUCGUCCAGGUUUUGUUGCAGCCAGGUCAUCCAGUUCCUCCUAUAGCCACUAAUUGGAGAAAAUACCGUCACCCUUGCGCUGUCGAUAGGGAUGAUGCAUAUGUGCGUCGCAUUCAACAUUUCAAGGACAUUAUUCACGAUAAUGUAGCUACUCGAGAGACAUUUGAUGUUGUUGAUGUCGCAUGACACAUGUAUGCAUUUGACAAUGUUAGAAUUAUGGAAGAAAUUAAUGGAUGUGUUUUUGAUGUUGAUGUGUUCUGUUUUGCAAUAUGGAUUGAAUGUUAUCAACCAUUGUUACCAUUCCAUUGUAAUAAGAAAAUAUCAUUUACAAAAUCAAUGACC